AUGGCUGAUCCGUCCCAGGGUAUUCCUGCGCAGAUUCCUAUGCCAGCAACUUUCCUUAUUCCUAAUACCUCUGGGUCAGAUGCUCCAGCAGCUGUCGUAAAGAAAAAGCGCGGCCGAACACCUAAGAAAGUACUGGAACAACAAAAACAACAACUUGAACCAAACUUCCAAGCCCAGCAAGUUCAAAAGAAACCCCGAAAACAACCCACAAAGGGCGACCCAAAAAAACCAAAAGCUCCUCGUACAUCUCGCGGGUCAAAAAAGGCAGCUAAAGAAGCGGCAGCGGCAGCAGCAGCAGAAGCAGCAGCAGCGGCAGCAGCAGCAGCAGAAGCAGCAGCAGAUGCAACUGUAACAGAAACUGAACCAGAAACUGAAAGCUCAACGACAACAUCAAACUCAGCCAUUCCAAUUCAAUCUACAAAUGCUCCAGUUUUGGUUCCACUCUUCAAUCAACCAUUCAUUAACAAUCCAGUCAUGGCGCCAAUGAACUCAUCUUCUUCGCCAACUAAUUCGAUAUCUCCAUAUCGUAAUGACACACCACCUUUAACUGCACCCCAAAUGGUUGUCGGAGGAGGUGUCAACAAUGCCAAUUUUGGAGCUGGUGUUAAGCUGGGUACAAACAUUCUUUCGCCAUCUUUAUUUUAUCUCCAAUCGUCACCACCAGCAAACUCACCAUGGCAAAAUACAGUUGUUAAACCCGUUGGGAAGCCAAUAAUGGGCUUUGGAGGCGAAACAAAUAACUACUUUAUGGGAAUGGAGGCACCAGAGCCUAUGCUUGGACAGCCUACUCAUGGAAUGACGCAACCUGGGCGUGGGUCUCGUAUUAUGAACUCGCUUCGCAUGCAUUCACAACAAACAGACCAGCAUGUUAAUCCAAAUUUACUUUUUUCGACCAAACAUAAACCAUCAUUAGCAAGCGAAGAUGAUAUGAUGUUGCCACAACGAUUUUCCACCCCUCCUCCACCACAGACUGUGUUGUCGGGACCUUCAGAUAUGCCUGCCAUGCCUGCCAUGGCUGCCAUGCCUGCUAUGCCUGCUAUGCCUGCCAUGGCUGCUAUGCCUGCCCCUAUUGGGCCUCCUGUUGAAGCAACAAGACCAGUAGCAGCAGAAGGCCCAUCAACACCAAAAACUUUUUCUUCAAUUAUUCAUUCAUCCCCUCUUUACCCGUUUUUUUAUUCUUCACCUGCUGUUGGUACUGGCGGAUUUGACGAGUCACCUGAAGUUGACAAUAAACAUGAGACAGACUCACCGUUAAAUGCGUUUAUGCCAAAUACGUCGUGGGAAUCCGUUGACUUGACGGAAAGAGUUUCAAAAGGCUACAAAAGUCUUUGGUGGACCUCGCCUCUUGGAAAUGUACGCAAAACAGGGUACAGUGUGCAUCUUACGGGAACACCAGCAGCAGUAACAGACACUCCGGUGAAUGCAGUUGGUGAGACACCGAAAAAUGAGCUCAACCUGGGACCAAUCAGCAGUACAAUGGCCAUGGACCCUAAGGAUACUUCUGAGCAGAGCUCGCUGUUGUCACCUUUGCCUGAGCCUAAGGAGCCUCUUCCUCCGGCAACAAAACCUAUUCUGGAGCGCGCAUUUGCUGGUAUCAAGCGCCCGGACUUUGAGACGAUUGCCAGAGCUUUGGAAUGGGCUAGGCUGGAACGUCGUCGACUAAAAAAGAUGCGAAUCCACCGACAUAAGCAUGGUCGGAAAAGAACUGCAGAACCAGCUGUAUUGCCAUCGAUAGAUGCGGCUGCGGCUGCGGCUGCGGCCGCAGCUGCUGCACUACCUGUGACAACUGAAGCUGCCGCUCCUGAAACACCCAAGCAAGCAUCGAGACCUGCUCCAGACCGUCUCCAACAUGAAGUUGUUCGGUUUAUGUUGGCGAAUGAUGUGCCUGCGUUUAGUGUACGGAACCAUCGCUCCCGGGUGCUAGAUUGUAGUAGCAGUGGUGGCGGUGACGAAGCCAAGGACGUUAGCUGGGCCAACUGCACAUUAAAUGGCCCAUUUGUGACACCAGAAAAGAAUCACCAGGAUCCCGAGCUCGCAAGUUGGUCAACAGAUUAUGCGAGACAUUACAAAACGGCACGGUCGGUGGUUGAAUCAGGUCCACAAUAUAGCGAUGCCUAUGGGGCAUUGGUUAGUGGUCGUGCACCUUUAUUUGGCCAGUUCCCAUUGUCAGUGACUGGAUCUGCACGCAAGUUACGUUUGAGUGUGAGUGAAACUGGUCGGGCUGUUUUGGAUGAAGAUGAUGGUCCUUCUCAGUCUGUACCGCAGUCUCAGCAACAUGUUCAACAGCCUUUUUUGCUUCGUUCCGGAAUCCGGUUCCAGCGCAGAAAGAAAGAUUCGAAUGGUGCAGCUAGUGUAAGCCGGCUUGCCUCGAGUCCAUUGAAGAAUAAACGACAGUUGGAACCUUCAGAGUUGUCGGACGUGAGUUUGCGUAAACGCAACAAGGUGCAGUCGAAUAAAAAGCUAAAAAACCCGAGUGAAAUCACGCGAUCCGAUUUACCACCGGUAUUGAAAAGUAGACCAUUAAGGGGGGCUGUUGGAUUGGAUGGAGAAUUGACUCAAGAUUUAUGCAAUACUAGUACUAGUAGUACUAGCAGCAGCAGCAGCAGUAGCAGUAGUAGCUCUGACUCGGAGCUGAGCAGCUCAGACUCUGACGACGAUGAAGAGAACCAAGCUGAGCUGGACCAACAGAUGGUGGCUAUGGGUCAAGGUCCUGUUGUGAACCCGGCCAUGACCCCUGUACGAGCGGUGGUGAGAAGCCGUGGAGGCCCUGAAGUAACUCCAGCAUCUCUACCUUUGUUAUUUCCUGCAGUGCCAGGCAAACGACUUGGGUCGCCAUUUCGGGCGGGCGCAUCAUCAACAAUUGCUGGCAAUGGUGGUUGUGCAGAGCAGCAGCAGCAGCAGCAGCAGUAG